CCCUCCCCCGCUGACCGUUAGUCAGUCCGUGACCGAGGAGUCAGAGUUCCGCGAGUAACGGCAGGAGCGGCGGCCGGAGAAUGGCGAAGCUCUGCGGGAUCGCACUCUUCUUGGUGCUGCUGAGUCUGGCGAUACUGGACACUUCAGCAUCUGGAGGACAGCCGAAGAAAAUCCGACAGAAGAGAGAGUGGAUAAUCCCACCCCACAAACUGAUGGAAAAUAAGGACUAUACGGGGCAGGAAUACAUAGCCAAAAUCCGCUCAGACGAGGAGAUCAGGACCAGUAUCCGAUAUUCACUGAUUGGAUCAGGGGCGAACCAGCCCCCCGUCAACCUGUUCAUUGUUAACAGUGCGAACGGCCUGGUCAGGAUUACCGGAGUGUUGGACAGAGAGAAAACUCCCAUUUAUUACCUUCGAGGGGUGGCAGAGUUUCUGAAUGGGAGUAAAGCUGAGAAGGAUAUUGAGUUAAGAAUCGUGGUGCAGGACGAGAACGAUUGUACUCCUGUGUUCAACGUGACGACUGGAUCUGUUCCUGAGCUGAGCGGCAGAGACACGUAUGUAAUGAAAAUCACAGCAACUGACGCAGAUGAAGAAGGAAGUCUGAAUUCGAAGAUUUCCUACAGCAUCGUUCAAGAGAGUCACGCUGACAUGUUCUACAUUAAUCGAGAGACUGGUUGGAUACACGUCAUGCACAACACGCUCGACAGAGAGAAAAAAGACACAUACACGUUGACCAUUAAAGGAACCGAUAUGGAUGGAGCUUCAAAUGGAAAUACAGGGAUGGGGACAGCCAUCAUCAAAAUCCUUGACGUCAACGACAACAUUCCUACUUUGGAGAAACACUUUUAUGAGUGCAGGGUGGAGGAAAACACUAAAAAUGUGGAAGUGAUGAGAAUGCAAGCGAUCGAUGCCGAUCUGAUCUAUUCUGAGAACUGGCUGGCAGUCUUCACAAUCGUGUCUGGAAACGAGGCCAGUUAUUUCUCCAUAACCACAGACAGCAAGACCAAUGAAGGCAUCCUGAUUCUCACUAAGGAACUGGACUAUGAGGAGCUGAAGGAAAUCCGGCUGCAGGUUUCUGUCUCUAACAAGGCACAGUAUCACUCGUCAGUAGUCAUUACAGAGAGCAAGACGUACACCAUCCAAGUCAGUGUGGUCAACCAGCCCGAGGGCCCUCGCUUCAAACCCGCAGUCAAAGUCAUCACCAUAUCUGAAGAAAGCACCACUAUUAUUUUAAAUAAAGUCAUAACCAACUACGCAGCCAUCGACAGCGACACACUAUUAGUUGCUACUAACGUGAGGUAUGCAAAAGGACAAGACGUCGACAACUGGCUGAUUAUAGAUGAGAGGACGGCUGAUAUAAGACUCAAUAAAAUUCCAGAUUAUGAGUCCAAGUUUCUUGUCAAUCGCACAUAUUAUGCCCACAUAAUCUGCAUCACCAAUGAAGUUCCAGCUAAAACUGCUACAGGAACCAUUGCCAUUCAAGUGAAGGACUUUAAUGACCACUGUCCUGUGCUGAUCCAUCAGUCUCAAACACUGUGCUAUGAAGAGCACGUGGUUUAUGUCACGGCUGUGGACGAAGACCAUUUCCCCAACGGAGCCCCCUUUGGUUUCAACGUGGACACCCAAAGAACAAAGGAGUCAUGGCGUGUCGAAUAUCUCAACGACACUACAGCGAUAUUCAGAUCUCAAACCACACUUUGGCCCGGUGUGUACCAUGUGUUUGUGGACGUGAGGGACCAGCAGGGGAAGAUCUGUGCUGCUCAGAUGCUGCGCAUAGACGUCUGCACAUGUGACGCGUCGAAAGUUUGCCUGCCAGGAAAAACAGUCUCUAGAUUUGGGAUAUCUGGGGUUUUUCUAAUGUUGCUGGGACUGCUGCUCCUUCUGUUGGCUCCUCUUCUGCUGCUGUUCUGUCUUUGUGGAGGUGCAGCAGCUGCAGCAGAUUUCAAGACCAUCGCAUUUGAUGCUAAAGAGCAUCUUAUAGCAUACAACACUGAAGGACAGGGAGAGGACAAGAAAAUGGCUCUCUUGCAGAUGUCAAAAGAGCAUGAUGACAUCAUUAAUGUGGACGCUUUAGGAGGAGCUCGUAAGGGGAGUGAGGGAACUGUUGGAAAACAUGGUGGAGUGAGAGCUGACGGCUCACAUUGGUCCUCUUUCUACCAAUAUGACCAGCGUGAUGGGGCAUAUCAUCACCACAAGAGUCAGACUAAUGGGGACUACAUGUAUACAAAAAGGAAAGACGAACAUAGCAGAUUUGACAACUAUGAUGGACUUGCACUGUCUGACGCUUUCUUAGGCAACUACUACUCUCAAAAAACAGGCUAUGUGUCUAAGCAGCAAGAAAUGGGAGAAUGUCUGAAGGUCUAUGACUACGAGGGUCAGGAAUCUUGCAUGGGCUCAUUGGAGGACAUCUGCAGUCUCUUGCAUGAAGAAGACGAUGACCUUGCUUUUCUUGAUAACCUUAACAUAAGGUUCAAAACCCUGGCUGAGAUCUGUAGUGGUUCUACAAUGGAGACUGAAAUUAGCACGACCACCCAUGUGACCUCCAAACCUGUCCUGUCCACCACACACAAAGAUGGCAACGUACACGGGACGGCUAGUCUGCUACACUCUCAGGAGAAAGUACACGGGACGGCUAGUCUGCUACACUCUCAGGAGAAAGUACAUGGGACGGCUAGUCUGCUACACUCUCAGGAGAAAGUACAUGGGACGGGUAGUCUGCUACACUCUCAGGAGAAAGCUAGCUCUUCCGCCACCAUUCAUACGUCAGGAGCACAUCAGACAAGCAGCUCGUCCUCUACAGGAGUGUAUGUCCAUGAGAAGGUGAUGGUUCCUAACCCAACUCUGUUAGUCCAGCAGCCUGCGUUGUACUACUCCUCUGCCACCCCCAUUUAUGUGGUUGAACCCCAUCCUACUGUGUUGGUGACGCCCGGCCCAUUCCUAGGCAUUCAGGAGAACAUGCUAGUAGAGGAGCAGAAGAGAUCCGAUGCCGCCUUGCGUGGAUCUGCCAAUCGUGAAAUGCAGCACUACCAGAGCGUAGUCCUCGUUGAGAAGCAGCCGAUCACUAAAGCGUCUGUUCAGGCUCAAGGCAGUGUCUCCGGAGGGGUUCAGAUCGUUAACACUGAAGUAAUGCAGUCCUCAGAGUCUCGUGAGGUCAGAAGGGCCGUCCAUCCGGUCAGAACGGGGAUGUCAGGAGGGGCCAGAGAGAGGGACGUUAUUGGCUCGUUGGAUAUGAGGUUUCCUCAGAGUCUGUAAGAGUCUCACGAUCUGUAAUAUGUCGGAUUGAUAAUUCCCUCCCACAUCUGUAAGUUCAUCUCCGCUCGCUGCUGAUUUAUAAUGAUUGAUUGAUGGAUGGAUUAACCAGGC